CACACAAACCACGCUCUAACCACAGUUUUCUAAAAGUCCCCAUUCUGCAUUUUGCUUUAUUCCAUCUGGUUACAAAAUGGCUAAAGCCCACGACAGCAGCUGAAACAACAGCUGAGGAUAUUUAAUGCCCAAAGCGGGAGCACCACAGUUCUUCAUCCUGCAACCGGGAAGCCGAGGGAUGGUGAGGAGUUAAAUCUCUCAAAAAACAACAGCUAAAAAAAGCUGCUUCUGUGUGCAGCGAGCAAUACCAAUAAAGCUUGCUUACCUUUAGGCUUAUGCUUUUUGUUGACUGAACAACAAGAUUUUUUUGUUGUUUCUGCACAUACCUACAGUUCCCACACCCAGAGUACUUUGAUGGUAAGUGCAGACACUGAGCAAAGGGAUAAUCGGGGGAAAACAUGCUAAUAUGAACUGUGAAAUACUUUGUAAGUGAAACUGGAGGGAUCUGAGGUCUCUGUGAAGCAUCUGUCCCCGUCCCAGCCGGCCGAGGGGUGCACGGAAGCCUCUGCGGUGGGACAACCCCCGGCCCCGCUCCCGCUCCUCCCGGGCCGCCGCGGGGGCGGGAACCGGUGGGGCCGCCCCGCUCCGCUCCGCCCCGCUCGCCGCUUCCUGCGGGAGGAGGAGGAGGAGGAGGAGGAGGAAGCGUCUCCCCGCCGCCAUGGAGCUGCCGCCGGGCCACUACCUCGCCACCCGGGCGGCAGCGCUGGCCGCCGCCUGCCUCUGCUACCGGCGGGGGAGCCCCGGGCGCGGCCUGGCGCUGCGGGCCGUCCGCCGGGCCAGCAGGCAGGAUAUCAAUGGUGUUGGGCAAAAGUACCACCUGGAAUUGGUGCUGGAAGACGUCCUUGACAAAGACAGUACUGUUAACUGCACUGCUGAAGUUCUUUAUCAUCUGGGCAACAACAUUCCUCCAGAUGUGCAAUUCACAAUUGAAGGAGAACUUAAGAACGCAGAGGAAGCAGAUAACAUAUUCUACAAUCGAAUCAAGAGCCUGGAAAAAGAGCUUGUGGCAGAAAACAUACCAGACAGCCACGGCAACGUGUCCCCAGAAAUGGAGCCUGUCCACCUGCUAGCGUGGGUGGCCUCUGGCUAUGUGAUAUGGCAGAACUCUACUGAAAACACCAAGUUCCAACUUGCCCAAAUUAAACGUGUGAAGCAAGUGAAAAGAAGUGAUGAAUAUCUUGAAUUUGACUACACGAUUCUACUUCACGAAAUGGUGUCCCAGGAGAUCAUUCCCUGGCAAAUGACAGUUCUCUGGCACCCACGGCACAGUGUUCAAGUAACACAGGACAGCCGUCAGCCAAAACACGCAUCGGAAUGAGGGACCACCUGAUACUGCAAUGGAAGAAGCUCAAAUGCUACAAUAAGCAUUGGAAGGGAGGGCAGCUAGGUUGAUGAGGGUGGACAUGCAAUCAAGGUACGAAGAAAAGAAUCCUUCCUCAAUUAAAUUUUUCCUGUACAUUGUGCUUUGAUCUGAUAAUCCAAACGGCACUUUAUGUGCUACCUAAUCAAAUUCUGCAUCAAAAUGAAUUUAAAAAAAACUUCUGUUGCCAGAAUGAAUACUUACGGCACAGGCGCAGAGAUGUUCUCCCUAAAGGCAACUUUUGGCUUUCCUAUGGUGCAAGGGCAACCAUAUUCCCUUUCCAUUCGCUGCAGGGAAAAAAACAGAAUGACAUAGAGAGUUGUUCCAUUGGAACAAUACAUUGGAAAUUAUUUUAUUUACAGAUCUUUCUGAAAUGAGAAACUUAAUCAGAGCUAACCAGUUUUUUGGUUUGGGAUUGAUUUGGGGGGUCUUGGUGGGGGUUUUUUUGUUGUUUUGUUUAAACAUUACAAAUUAUUCACUGUCAUUCUGUAGUCAACCUUGUUGAGGGCCUAUAGCUUUGGCUACAGGAAAAGGGAACAGCAUUAAUUAUUUUAGUCAAGUUUAAGUUUUUCAAGACAAAGACAUCUUUUCUUCAUUCUGUCAACAUUUCAGAUACAUCUAAUGUGUUAGACUAAAAUAUAGACAUCAACUUGAAAGAAAAUAAAUCACUGUAAGUAA